GUACGAAUUCGUGCGAGCGUGCACGGCCCUAUAAUUUAGGCUCAUUUUUCGGCAAUGAGUUUUGUGCGUGCUAGGGUCAACGCAGCCAAUAGAAUCAUCUGGAUCUACACUCUCGAACUCGGAAAGGCGGAUGAAUCCCGAAUUAUCGACUGCUUUCCUAGAAAGAUUUAUCACGGUUGGACGGCAAGACAAAGAUAAAUCCGGACACAGAGAUGUAAAUCAAUUAGUCACGGUAUCUUUUUAUCACGUUGAUGAGACCUGGUAUAUAAUAUCCUCAGCCUGCGUCAGCACUCACCGUCUUCCCGCCGCUUCCCAAUGUCGAAACUCAACUAUACUCCUGUCGACGAGAUUGACAAGAUCCAUGCAGAGUUAUCAAAUACCUUCAAGUCAGCCAAGGUCCAGCCAAUAGCAUAUCGAAAAUACGUUCUGCUCCAGCUUGGAUACCUCUUGAAGGACAAUGUCGCCAGGUUCGAGGAUGCGCUGAUGGCAGACCUGGGCAAGCCAAAGAUUGAGGUUACACUUACUGAAAUUGGACCCUCGAUAUCUGAAAUCAAGGAUGCGUACUCGAACGUCGAGAAAUGGGCCAAACCAGAGAAACCUGGAUUCUCUAUGAACUACACGCCCAUGCGACGCGUCAUUUACAAGCAGGGAAAGGGCAUUGUGCUCAUUAUCAGUCCUUUCAACUACCCUAUUAACAUGUCUUUUGGGCCUAUCGCGUCUGCAAUUGCUGCCGGUAAUACCGUCGUGUUCAAACCUUCCGAGCAGACCCCGGCCACGUCUUCUUUGUUUGAAGAGCUGUUCCCCAAGUAUGUCGACCCUUCGGUCAUCCGCGUUGUUAAUGGUGGGGUCGCGGAGACAACCAAGCUCUUAGAACACUCAUGGGGACACAUAUUGUUCACCGGAAGUGGACGUGUUGGACGUAUAAUCGCGUCUGCUGCGGGAAAAACCCUGACUCCCGUCACCCUCGAGCUUGGUGGGAAAUCGCCCGUGUUUAUUGACCCAAAAUGCGACCUUCCAGUGGCAGCGCGUCGUAUAUUAUGGGGCAAGAAUGUGAACGCCGGUCAGAGCUGCGUUGCGCCCGACUACAUCCUGGUUCCAAAAGAUUUCCAAGACAAAGUUGUUGAAGCACUUAAAGCUACCCACGAUUCGUUUUAUCCUACUCCCGAGGAUGAAGCAAACUCUAUCGGCAAGCUUGUCUCGCCACAAGCGUACAACAGGAUUUCCAACUUGUUAAAGUCGACGAAAGGAACCAUUGCUUUUGGUGGUAAACUCGAUGAAGCUACAAGGUAUAUUCAGCCAACCGUUGUAAAGGAUGUUUCAUUCGACGAUCCUCUUAUGUCUGAAGAAUUGUUCGGUCCUGUUCUACCGAUCGUACCCGUUGACAACAUUGACGAGGCUAUCGACUUUGUCAAUGCCCACGACCAUCCCUUGGCUCUUUACGUGUUCACCCAGGAUAGCGAAAUCAAGACGAAGAUUAUCAACAGCACUCAAAGUGGAGCCGUUUGCAUGAAUGAAACAAUGACUCAUGUUGCAGCGGAGGGCCUACCUUUUGGCGGUGUCGGUCCUAGUGGUAGUGGACAUCACAACGGCAAGUUUGGCUUUAACACAUUUACGCACACACGUGCGUCGCUGGACCCUCCUGGGUGGCUCGACAGAAUUCUAUCGUCUCGCUACCCUCCUUACACCGACAAGAAGCUGAAGGCUAUAAGCUGGUUGUUCCCUACGUUACCCGCACGACCGACAGGUCCACCAGCACCUACGGAGGACCGAUCCUUUACGAAAUGGUUCCUGUUUGCUUUAGCUACUGUUUUUGCAGGAUUGCUAACCAAGAGGAAGAUUUCGGCCUGAAUACUGUAACAUCCGUUCUACGGCAAAUAGCAUAGCCGUCCGAUGUACUUGGAUCAUAAUUUAUGCUUUGUGGAUGCCUAUACACUUCUCGUAACUGAUGUUGACAUUUUCGUGGUGGCCUGCGGCUGUCCAUGACCGAGAGCUUGCGAUUUUCCGAGUCGGAUUUCUUGAGG